AUGGGCAAUGCCACAAGUCCUGGUGGUGGUUAUCGGAAAGGUGAUGGAGCACAAGAAGAAAAUCUUUUUCGACGAUCGGACUAUUUUCGUAGUCUUGAUGUUGGUCUUGACAAAUUUGUCCAACCAUCGUUACGAUUUUAUUGUACAUCAACAGGUCGUUCUGAAUCUUUAGUGGAUUCCUCUACCAUGUAUUCGAUGGAUGAAUAUGGUGCAAUAUAUACAUCAGGCUUAACUGUAUUUCGCCAACCAGAAACGGAAGGUUAUGAAUUUAUGCAUCAACCACUUGCGAAUGUUUGUUCAUUGGCUAUGGCUGCUUAUCGACAUCCACCAUUGGAUGAGGACAUGUUGUCAGCGAAAUAUGCCGUGGGAAUGAGAAAAAAAAUUGAAAAUAUUUUUGCUAUAGCUCACCACCAUGAACAUGAUACCCUUGUUCUAUCGGCACUCGGUUGUGGUGCAUUCAGAAAUCCUCCUAAUCAUGUGGCAAAAAUUUUUCGUUCAGUUAUUGAACAAUAUGCAGGAUUUUUUCGGUUGAUUGUCUUUGCCAUUAUUGAUGAUCAUAACACAGGACAAAACUUCAAUCCGAAAGGUAAUUUUUUACCUUUUCAACGUGAAUUUCAACAAUCAAUUUUCGAGCCGAUUCAACCGAUCCAUCAAGCCAAUACAAUAUGUGGUCCUUAUCGCUUUUUAACCGAUGGUUCGACUGUGGAAAAUGUUUCCAUUUUUGAUUUGACACCGUGCAAAUAUGGAGCCAAAUGUCGCGAUUUAUAUGAGUCAGCUCAUGUACGUCAAUAUUCGCAUCCACCUCUAUGUACAGAAGCAUGUGUGACAGGUAAAUGUACGAAGAUCGAUGACAUAGUUCAUGUGUAUUCAUUUAUUCAUCGAAACUCAUGCCCGCAUGGUGGUUUAUGUCGAGAUAUUGAUGAUAGAGUGCACGCACGAGAAUUUGAACAUCCUUCUUACUGCUCCCAUGGGAGUAAUUGUCAAGAUACGAGCAACAACCAUGAAAAAGAGUAUCGACAUUUACCAUUAUGUAAAUAUGCGCAUCAAUGUGCAGAUUACCACCGAAGCAUUCGACAGCAUUGCGAUGCAUAUCGUCACUGUAAACCAUCUUGUCAAUAUGGACGCAGUUGCCCUUAUUUUCACAAUACAGUACAUAUGGAGGAUUGGCAACAUCCAUUUCCUACACCGUGUCCAUGGACUCCCUAUCAUUGUGUCUUAUAUGAUGAGUUUCAAAAUGCUGCGCAUACAGAAAAGCUUACACAUCAUAUCCAGCAACAUUGUUCAAGUUUUGCUCAUGUAUGUGCAUAUGGACGUAAUUGUCUCAAACAGAAUUCAUCGCACUGGGAAACAACAAUUCAUGUUCCACGGGCAACAUCCAACGAUGUUCAAGCUGAUAAAAGCCACGACAAACCUCGUGUAUCAUCUUUCACAGUAGCUAAUGAUCAAGCAAGACGACCUGCUGACAUCAUGGAUCAAAUGAAAAAUAUGGCUGUUCAAAUAAAGGAUAACGCAAUAAACUUUUUUGUCGGCAAGAAAGAUUCACUACUAACACCAUGUCCACACGGUAUCAAUUGUUUGAUUCAGUUUUCAGACAUGGGCUUGCAUCAUAAUUCUAAAUAUUCGCAUCUAUGUCGCUUUGCUGACCUCUGUAAAAAUCCUGAACCUCAUUUAAUACAUGAACUUCAUCCAGUAAGUGCAUGUCCUUUCGAUCAGAACUGCAGGCAAUUAGGUGAUGCAUAUCAUCGAGCGGAAUAUCUUCAUUCCGGUUUACCCUAUUUUUUGAUUCCGUGUCGAUAUCAAGGACAAUGUAGAGACAAUACGAAAAAACACCGAAUUAAAUAUUCGCAUGGCGAAAACGUUCUAGAAGCAAUGGGAAAACCAUCACCAAAAGGUAAGCAAUCAUUGAUGAAAAGUAACCAAUUGUAUUUGCAUUGACUUCUUCUAAUAAAAUCAUCCGAUGUUUCCUCACGAGAUAAUGUUCAUAGAUGUGGGUGUGGGUGUGUGUUUAUGGGUGUGAGUGUGGGGUAUGUCUGUGGGUUUGAGGGUUUGGGUGUGGGUAUAGGUAUGUUAGCGUCCAUGAUGAAUCACGUGGACGCUAGACGAUGAUUAAGAUGCGCCUUCUAGUCUAAUUGGCUUAGGACAUCUGCCCGGAUAGCAGAAUCUAUGAGUUCGGGUGUGGGUGUGACUGUAGAUAUCGGUGUGUGGGCGUGGGUGUGGGUGGGUGUGGGUGUGAGUGUGGAUAUCGGUGUGUGGGUGUGGGUCUGGGUCUGGGUGUGGGUCUGGGUGCGGGUGUCGGUGUGGGUGUGGGUGUGGGGUGUGUGUGUGUGUGUGAGGGUCAGGGUUGCCACCUCUUCCGCUUUUUGCGGAAAAUUUCCACUUUUUCACCUUUUUUCCGCUUCUUUUCGGCUCUUCCGCUAUUUUCCGCUUUUUCACAUAAAAAAACCAUCUUUGCGUAAUUGAAAACUUCGGCACACAAGAUGCUAGAUAACGUCCUGUUAGACGAAAAUUUCUUAGAAAAGAAUUUUUCAAUGUAUAAUUUUAUCAAAUUCUUGAAACAUUUUCGCUUCGCGUAAUAGAUUUUCCAGUAUUUUUUUCUAUUAAAACACAUUUCCGCUUCAUUUUGGCUUCCAAUAUGGAAUACAUGCAUCUUGAUUUCAAAUGCUAUUGAAUAAAAGAAAACUUAUUUCGAAUUCUUGUUCAUUUGUUAACAUAAUAGAUAAAACCGUAUCGACAUUCGGCGACUGAAUGUAAAAAGAUAACAUUUUCCUCUUCUCUCUGCGAAAAGCGAGUUUUAUUUUUUGGAUGGCAUGUUUUUCGGGUAAAUCUUUUAGUUUCUGUGCCAGAAAGGAGGGUGUGGGUGUGGGUGUGUGGGUGCGGGUGUGAGUGUGAGUGUGGGUGUGAGUGGCCGUGGGUGUGGCUGUGGGAUGUGGGUGUGAGUGUGGGUGCGGGUUUGGGUGGGUGUGGGUGUGGAUGUGGGGUGUGGGUAGGGUGUGGGCGUGGGUGUGGGUGUGGGUGUGGGUGUGGGGUGUGGGGUGUGGGUGUGGGUGUGAGUGUGGGGUGUGGGUGAGGUGUGGGUGUGGGUGGGGAUGGGUAUGGGUGUGGAUGUGGGUGUGGAUAUGGAUGUGGAUAUAGAUACAGCCCUCAUCUACACCCCUCACCCCUC